CCUGCACUUUUUUUUUAAUCGCCUUAUAACAGGAUAUCUCACUGGCGCGAAAAACGCACUGUGUGGCUUUCUAGUACACAUUGUGGGGCGGACCCGGUGCCUGUUGUUGUCCCCCCCCCCCCCUCGUUUUUGCCUUUUGCGCUUUUUAAACUGAACCAGAACCAAAGUGUAACACCACAUCUUUGUAUCCAGUCGCAACUCGGCAGCCUUUAUCCGCCUGAUCCCCGUGAACCGUGGACAUUUUGCUCUUUGGCUGCUGCGGAGGGGCUUUCGAUGCCCUGAAUUUCACAGUGGGAUUUUGCGGAGAAGCCGGUUGUGCAGGACGUUCUUCAGAGGCCACUGGUGUCAUUUGAUCGUUUCUGGGAAUAAACUCUAGAGGAUUUUAUCAGCUGGAAACAUGGAGUUCGACUGUUACCAGCACUAUUUUUUCGACGAUUUCGACACCAAGGAGGAUUUUUACAAGUCAACUGCACCGAGCGAGGACAUAUGGAAAAAGUUCGAGCUGCUGCCCACGCCUCCCAUGUCCCCCAACCGGACUCCGAGCGGUGCUGCCCUGCACCUUUCGCCGGGAGACAAGCUCAACUGGCUGUCCAAGAUGCUGGGCCAGGACGAGGAGUGCGAGGGCCAGUUCAUCCCCAAUACGGGGGAGCUGUUCGGCAACCUCAGCUCCAUCAUCAUCCAGGACUGCAUGUGGAGUAGUUUCUCCGCCAGUAAGCAGCUGGAGAAGGUCAGCGGAAGAAUGUCAGCUGCGGCGCAGAGCGGCGCCCCCCCCGUGGCCCAGAUCUCCGUGAGACCGAGCAAAGCGCCGUGUGUCUCGCCCGGUGGCCCGCUCACGGCCUCGGCGACGGACUGCGUCGACCCGGCGGCUGUUCUCACCUUCCCGUCAAGCAGCUUCAGGAAGCCGGCGUCGUCUGGCUCCGAGUCUCGCUCUGAUUCUUCUGAUGACGAGGAAGAAAUCGAUGUGGUCACCGUGGAGAGCAAGCAGAACCGGGUGCGGCUGGUGAACGUCAGAAAACCGGUCACCAUCACGGUCCGGGCCGACCCCUGCCCCAAACGCUUCCACAUGUCCGUGCACCGGCAGCAGCACAACUACGCCGCCCGGUCCCCAGACAGCGAGCCGGAACCGGAGGAUGAAGACGAAGAUGAAGAGGAGGAGUAUGAGGAAGAGCCUCAAAGCAAGCGUGCCUGCACGGCAUCCAGUCGGCAGCCGGGCUCUUCGGCUCAUGUCUCCCAGCCUGCCUCCCCCGCAGAGACUCCCCAAAACUCGGACACAGAGGACACUGACCGCAGACGGAACCACAACUUCCUAGAGAGGAAGAGGAGGAACGACCUCCGGUCUCGUUUCCUCGCCUUGCGGGAUCAGAUCCCCGGCCUGGAGUCUGCCAAAACUCCGAAGGUGGCCAUCCUGACCCAGGCAACAGAGUACCUCGUGGAGCUGCACACCAGGGAGAAACGGCAGAUCCAGGAGAAGAAACGACUCAAGUCCCGACAGCAGCAGCUUCUUCGCAGAUUAUCUGAACUGAAGCGCUCUUCAGACACAAAACAAGUGUGCUUUUGAAAUAAACUGCCUCAUUCACAGUCAAGAACGUUGCCCUCAAGUUACCUGUCACUUUUGAAAAGGUACAGUUUAUAAAACAACAUGCCUCAUGUAAAUUAUCCUGAAAUGAAUUUGUUUUGGAAUACAUUCACGUUUUGGUUGGCUUCCGAUGAAUUGCCAGCAGUUAGAUUCCCAGUUUGCCGUGUUUUUAUUUUUUUCUUUGCACAGUGUUUUAGUUUUGAACGGGGGAGUAAACGAAUGGACUUUUAUAGCUAUGACCAAGAUAUUCCAUGGUAUGCUGUGAUGGGAAUUGAGAAAAACCUUUUUGUUAGUAGUUUACCAGUGUGACAGUGAACCUAUGUAGCCUUCAUGAUGAGUAUGGAAGUUGGGUUAGAGGUCUUCAUUGCACACUUAUAAUGGAGUGAAGUGUGAAUGCCUUUCUUUGUACAUAAGAGUGAAUGGGACUUUUCCCGGUUUGUUUGUAUGACGGAUUAUUUGAUGUACAAAUUGUUCUGUAAAUAAUAGCUUAUUGCUCCUGGUGGAGGAGACAAAAUCAAGAGUUGUCACCGGGUAUCGCUCCUCUGUAUGACGCGCCACCAGGCACUGAGGAGCCUCUAUUUUGUUAAGAAAAUAGAAAAAUGAACAAAAAAAAUAAAUAAGUAGCACUGCUGUACUUUAUAUUCACAUGUCACUUUGUGAUUCAAUGCUUCUCCUGAUUUUGGUUGAUUUCUAAAAAGCAUGCUAACAUCAACAGCAACAUUAAAUUUUUA